UUAAAACCCAACAUUUAAAAUAAACACUCACAAGUCACUUGUAAAACUCUAUGCUAAAAAAUACAUUUAAAAAAUAAAAGUACGUGACAUUUGAUCCAUGAACUAAAGCUUUACAUCCUAUAUUUCAGGAGAUGACGUGAGAUACAGCAUCACCAGCGGGAACAGGGAAGGUCUCUUCAGCAUAGAUCAGCAUUCGGGAGCCGUGGUUCUGGUCGCACCUCUCGACUAUGAACUUAAUGAUAUGCACGAACUGGUGGUGCGGGCGGCGUCAGCUUCGGCCGAGCGGUCAGCAGGGGCGGCAGCGACAGCAGGCGGAGCUCAGGUCGUGUUGCAGGUUCGCGUGGCUGACGUGAACGACAACCGGCCUUACUUCGUGUCUCCGGGGCUGGUCGUCACCGUCAUCGAGGAGGACGACCGCGAUCUCCCGCAGACGCUGACCAGGGUAGAGGCUGCGGACGGCGACGGGCGUGCGGGCGUGGCGGGGCUGCGCUACUCUCUCGCAGGAGACGGUGUAGACGGCCUCACGCCCUCAGAGGCCUCUUUCGCCGUCGACGCCCACACGGGAGAGCUCAUACAGCUGAAGGCUCUCGACCGCGACCCGCCCAACGGGAAGGGCGUCUGGAGGGUGAAGGUGCGGGUGCAGGAUGGCCAAAGGAUUUUCUCCCGAUCCAGAGGCAGACCCGAGCCCCCGCGGCCCUCUCAGCGAGGUCCUAGAUUCAACCUGGAGGCGACGGAAGCCGAGGGAGGAGCCUGGCAGGGCAGCCCUAAGUCGCUUCGCUAUCUCUUGGACGGGAACGCUGGGGACUUCUCCAGGUACAGUGACAGCGGCAAACAGACCGGCAAGAGGCGAAGGCACUGGCUGUCUGGGAGCACGAGGUGGAGGGAAAUCAGGAAGAGGGAGGUCUCAGGAGCGAAGGAUGUAGGAGAGGAAGCGAUAACAGAGCCCAAAGAAACCCUUGUCUCCACGACGAGGUGGAAAGAAGCGCCUCAAGGACGGCAUGCGCUCCCUGAUGAAUUUCGGUAUGAUUCUCAUCAAAAUGUUAACUUUGCUGGAUCUAAAAGGAAGAGAAAACGACAGACAGGAGAGUUUUCAUCUAAAGAUCCACUGCAAAAUGACAAUGAAAUCCACAGUGCUUCUAUCGAAGAGCAGAGGCGGCCGGGACACCAUAUACCUCAGCGAGAGGACCCUUUGCCUCCACUCUCCCGUCUCCAGCCCACGCCGGAGGACGACCAGGACACGUUAUACACUCCGAAGCCAAGGCGUAAGGCCAUCGAAGCCUCAGCGGAAGGGAAGGUGAUGAGCGAGGCUAGAGUCUUCUCUUCCCCAGACUUACCUUGGCGGAGUCGAGGGGCUCUCGAUGAGGUCCCGAGAGCCAUUCAAGACCAGACUAAGGGACUGCCUAAAAAAGGAACCCAGGUUCAUUACCUGCCCACCGUAGCAUCCAGAAGUUUCAAAAACCGAAGAGGGCGUACGAGCAGUAGUUUGAACAACCUAGAAGCCCCUGUAGAAGGCGCUGACGUCCCUCUUGUCUCAGACCCGCUCCUCCUCGAAGAGAGCAUCAGAGUGUCCAGAUCCGCCCGAGCCUCGAGCUUCCACUGGAAUAAGCAUUACCUGAGCUACCUGGUGGACCAGCGCGACCUUCUGUCAGACGCCAGGAGGUGCAAGUUCGUGAGCAUCUUCGACAGGAACCGAAGUCACUACAACGUCACUGACCGGGACUUCCAGACGGCCGUAGGAGGGGACGACGCUGCAGGAGAAGGAGGAAGGUGGGAAGUGCGAGGACAAGUACUCAGGCUGGAGGACACGCACUUCGCAGAGACAGAGGUCACGGUGCUCGUCAAGGACAUCAACGACAACGCUCCGGUGUUCCCCAACGCCACCAUGUACGGCGCGGUGCAGGAGAACGGACCCGCGGACCUUUCAGUAGCCGUGGUCUCAGCAUGGGACGCGGACGAUGCAAGCGAGGGCACCAACGCUCGACUCAGUUACUCCAUUGAGAAGAAUGUUGUGGACGAGGGGUCGGGUGAAGCAAUAUUUGCCGUGGAAACCGAGACUGGUGUUAUUCGCACAGCACUUUGUUGUCUGGAUAGGGAGACCACGCCUGAGUACACGAUUCAGGUUGUGGCUACAGACGGAGGCGGUCUCAAAGGCACAGGCACGGUGAUCGUCCGCGUGCUGGACCUCAACGACAACUCGCCCCUACUGGCACGCCGGCAGUGGGAUCUGGAGGUGGACGAGACCUGGGGCACGUCGGCUCCGGACAACAGGACGCUCCUCGAACUCACGGCGACUGAUAGAGACACGGCCAAUUUGAUGUAUUAUCGGGUGGUGGAGUCGAGUGGAUGGGGCUGGGACUACUUCGCCAUCCGGUCCGUGGGCGCCGCGGGCCAGAUCUACGCCCGCAGGACACUCGACUAUGAGGAUGACACCCACAGGAGGGGAUUUAAGUUCAUGGUUCAAGUGACGGAUAUGGGUCGCGGUGGCUGGCAGGACCCUCGCCACGUGGACGCCGCCUGGAUCACGGUGGCGCUGAGGGACGUCAACGACAACGCCCCCGCCUUCACGCGCCCCAACGCCCACGUCACGGUGCGCGAGGACGCCCGCCCCGGCACGCUGCUCGCCGCCCUCCCCGCCCGCGAUCCUGACACGGGCCUGAACGGCAGGGUGGAGUACCGGGUGGUGCCAGCAGACGCUCGUGGAAAGGACGCCGUCGCCGUCAGCGACGACGGCAUCGUGACGCUAUCGCGCCGCCUGAACCGCGAGGGCGGCGAUGGCGACGCCCUCGUGGCGCGCGUGAUCGCUGCAGACCGUGGAUCGCCGCCGCUUUCCGCCACCGCCACGCUCGCCAUCGCCAUCAAGGAUGUGAACGACUGCCCGCCCGCCUUGCUCCCGCCCACAACGUUCCACGUUAUGGAGAACUCGCCACCCACGCUGCUGGGGCGGCUCCGCGCCACGGACCCCGACGCAUGGGCGCUGGGCCACGGCCCGCCCUUCGCCUUCACGCUUGACCGCUCCAACGCGCCCGACGUCAGGCGGCAGAUUGCGCUCAAGUUCUCCUCCGAGCUGGACGGCGGUCGCGGCGGCGCGGAGGUGUGGACGGCGGGCCCGCUGGACCGCGAGGAGCACCGCGAGCUGGAGGUGAAGGUGAGGGUGGAGGACGCGGGCGGCUUGGCGGCCACCCACGCCCUCAGGGUCGUUGUGGGCGACCUCAACGACAACCCCAUGAGGCCGGGAUCCAAAACGGUCUACCUGUGGAAAGUCCAGGGCGGAGGCGGGGAGGCGCCCCUCGGCCGCGUCUACGUCGACGACCCCGACGACUGGGACGUGGCGGACAAGAGCUUCCACUGGAUCGGCCCCCCGCACGCUCUCUUCUCCCUCGACCAAGACACGGGCGCCGUCUCCGCCUCCGCGCAGGUGGCUGAGGGAAGAUACGCCCUGCAGUUCGCCGUGAGUGACCACGUGUGGGGUCAGCUGGGGGUCGUCGCCAACGUGACGGUGCACGUGCGCAUGCUCGGGCCAGCUGUGCUCGCCCACGCCACCCCUGUGACUCUCGCGCCCACAUCCCCGCCCGCCCUCACCAAAGGAUGGACGCCUGCUGGCGGAGGGGGCGGCCUCGGGAGGUUUUUGGGCGCCGUGCAGGAUGUGAUCGGGGGCGCCCACACGGUCCACGUGGUCAGCGUUUACGGAUACCACGCCCACCUCCCCGAACCGACCUCGGACGCCCACGAUCCUCCGAGUGACGUGCCGCUGAAGGACGCGACUUGCGUGUGGGUGUGCGCGGGCGUGAGUGGGGGCGGCUUCAUGGACCCCGUCAAGCUGCAAGGGCUGCUCGCUCUCCACUCGGCGCAGCUGGAAGCGGCCACGCAGCUGAGAGUGCUUACAGACAGCUCUCUCAAUCACCAAGUGGAUGUCAGUGACCCUCAAGAAACCUUGCUUGGCCUGGAUGUCUCUUCGGUGAACUCCCAGCCGUCACGAACUCUUCCACUUCAACUCGUGGACACCAACACCACGUCCUUAGUGACGCCUCGCCUCACGAGCGCCAAGGACUGUCGCACUUACGCCCAGACGCGCCUAAGUGACUCUUGCACGCCCACCUCCUGCCUCAACGGUGGGCGCUGCCACAGAACCUCCGUCGGCAACAGGUGCGUGUGCCCGGGUGGCGCCGUUGGACCCAGCUGCAAGAUUCUCGCCCGUACCUUCAGUGGGCGCGGGUGGGCGUGGCUGCGCCCCCUCGCGCCCUGCCUCCCCGCCACCCUCUCCCUCCGCGUCCUCACUCUGCAGUCGCACGCGCUGCUGCUCUACUCCGGCCCCCUCACGCCCUCGUCUGCGCACACGCCCGCGCCCAUGCUAGCCCUGCAGGUGGUGGGUGGGCGGCCGCAGUUCCUGUACGAGGGUCCGUUUGGGCGGGUCAAGGUCGAGGUGGAGUCGAGGGUGGACGACGGCGAGUGGCAUGCCCUCCACCUCCGCCUCCACGCCGAGGGCGUGACGCUGAUGCUGGACUUGUGUGGGCGCGGGUGGGAGGACAGCGCCGCCCAGGAUGACUCGCACUGCGCGGCGCGGGCGUCGUGGUCCGUCGAAGGACCUCUCUCCGCCUGGGCGCCCUCUGACCCCCUGCAGGUGGGAGGCAUGGCACAUGCGUCGCCUCGCCCGCACGCCCACGGUUGGAACGAAACGCCCAUCGACGAGCCUCUGAGGGGCUGUGUGUCGCACGUCGCCGCCAACGGGGAGCUGCAGGACCUGGGCGCCCCCGCCGAGAGCCGCGGCAGCGAGGGCGGCUGCCGGCCUCAGGAGCGCGCGUGCCGGGAGCAGGCGAGCGAGUGCGGCCUGCGAGGGGCGUGCGCGGGCGGCCUCCGUCAGCCCGAGUGUGAGUGCCUGCCUGGGUGGGCGGGGCCGGGAUGCGCCACGCCCACUCCGCCCGUCGCUCUGGGUCCCUCGUCGUACGUCAAAGUAGCGCUCUCGUUCACGCCCUCGCCCUGGUCAGUACGCGUGCAGCUGCGGGUGAAAACGAACGGCGCCCGCGACGGCCUCCUGAUGCUCCUGGCCGCCCACCACCGCCACGCCGCCCUGACGCUGCAGCUACGCGCGGGCGUGGUGUGCGCGUCGGUGUCCGGCGCGGGGUGGGCGGGGGCGGCGGCGGAGGCGUGCGUGGAGGGGCGUCCCCUUGGCGACGGCGAGUGGCACACCGUCAGCGCCGAACGCCACGCCCACAACCUGCUGGUGGGCGUGGACGACGGAGACGCCUGGAGAAGCAACGCUUCGCUGCUCACCCUGGAGGAGGAGGAGGGGGGCGGGCCCGGCCGGAGGAGACCGCCCGCGCUGGACGUGGACAAGCAGGAGGGCGUGGCGGUGGGCGGUCUGCCGCUCUUCGAGGAGGCGGGGCUUGUCACCGUGCGCGCCGACCUGAGGGACGCAUGUGUGGCCGACAUCCGCGUGUGUGGCCGCCCUCUGCCGGUGCCGCCCGCGUCCAACAGCAGCACGUGGGGACAGGUGACGAUGGCUGAGGGCGUGCACGGGGACUGCGCUGCCGUCGACGCCUGCGCCAACACCACCUGCGCUGCGCCACUCACCUGUGCGACCACGUGGGGGAAGCCGACUUGUAGCUGCGGCCCGGGACAGCACCUAUCGGAACGUACGUGCGUCGACAUAGACGAGUGUACGUGGGGUCCGUGCUUACAUGGGGGCACGUGCUACAACGCACAGCCUGGCUUCACGUGCGAGUGCUCUCCUGCCUACACGGGUCAGCAUUGUCAGUGGGCUCUUGCUGACAGACCGACUGACGUUCUCGAGGCUCCUGCGGCCAUUGUGGGUCUCACGAUCUCCUGUCUCGUCCUAGUGGUGCUGUGUCUGUUCCUCUCCCUCCGCUGCCGACGCCUCCUCACGUCCAAGCUGCUGCAGAAGAGGCGGGAGGCGGCGGCGAGGGCGGCGAAGGGCGGCGGGUCGGCGUGCAAGGCCAGGGUGAUUUCGGACAUCACGGGCGAGGCGCUGGCGGACGAAGGGGAGACGGCGAUGGGCGUGCUCAGCUGCAAGGAGGCGGCGGGGGAGGAAGGGGUGGGCGGGGGAGGGCGCAGGGGGAGUGGCCGGAGGGGGAGCAGCACGGAGGGGAAGGAAGAAAGUGCACCGAGUAAGGCGUGUGAGCGGGUCAGGUUCCGGCUGCCGCACGUCACGCUGGACGAGAGAGAAAUACAAUCGACGUCCCUUACCUCCGAGGUCAAAGCCGAGGGUCACAGCGAGGUCACCACGACCCACGCGACGACCUCCUCGCCUCGCCUGGUGCGGACGGGGCCCAGGCACGACCACCUGAUGCCUAACGACGACCUCCGCGCUUACGCUUACGAGGGAGAUGGGUCGUCCUCCGGGUCCCUCACCUCCACUAUAUCUCGCCUGCGCUUUGAAGACUCUGACGAAGGCGACAUCAAGCCCCUAGUCCCCGAGUUCUUCGAAGUGAUGGACCUCCUGAGGAACCUCCCAGAGGCCACCAACACCUUAAAACAGCGACGCAAACCUUCCUCCCCCGUGGCCGAGACUCGACCGACAGAGGCCACGACAGCAACAGCAACAGCAACGGGAAAAAGAGCAUCGUCUCCCGUCCCCGCCCUUCCCCUGAGCGAUACGACGAGAGGGUCCUCCGGGUCCUGUAGUUCGGGGUCUCCUGCGAGCACUGUGGUAGAGAACGAGCUCAGCACCCUCUGCUGAGGCUCGCACGUCAGGAAGGCGGGAGAUCCGAGGAACAAGAAAUAAGGAAGAACGUCGUUAUUUUAAAAGAACAGUCGUAUGAAAUGUCAAAAAAUAAAACUGCUGAUUUGCUUCUUCUAUGAUCUUUACACAAAACUCAGAUAGGGGGGGGGGGGGGUUAGAUAUUUUGUACACACCGAAAACAGCACUUACUUGCAUAACACAUUCAAACCGCUGUGUUAAAAGGGUCACUUAGGUUUAUUCCACAAUAUGAGGCAAAUUCUCGACCAAGCCAAAUGCCGUCUUGCGAUGUUGUAAUACUGUGCACAUCCUCUGUAAUCUCUAGUGCAGUGUAAAAUUGCCAUGAGAGAGUUUGUACAUAAAAGCUUGCCAAGAAAAUACAUCUAAAGAAGGAGACUAUGGUUGGGUGCCAACUACCUUGAUUUCCUUUUAUUUACCGAUACCUUUGAUACUGAUUAUCUACGUGUGAUUCAUUUUCUCAUUGUCCAAUAUUAACGUGUGAAAAAAAAAGAUUAAAUAAAACAUAAGCACAGUGCUUCAAGGUAACUGG